AUGACGAUCACAAUUUCGCAUGUUUUCGAUUUCCGUUCGGUUUCACCUUCUAAAGCAAUCCACAAUCACAACGUUUACAUCCCACCUUUUAAAUCGGAUAAACCGAUCAAAAAUGUUCAUGACAAGACUUCACCAUUGUAUCAGAUAUUAACUUGGGACUCUUUGAGAAACAACAUUACAAGAAUCAUCAACAAUGUCAACACCACUACAAAUCUCAAGGAUAUAAUUCGCGAUUUGUUGGAAUUAAACUUGAUCCGCGGAAGAGGAAUCUUUUGCAGAUCAGUUUUGACAUCGCAGAUGUCUCAUCCGGAGUUUAGUGAUGUGUUCUCUGCACUCGUUGCGGUGGUAAAUUCUAUGUUUUUUGAAGUUGGUCAACUUUUUAUCAGAAGAAUUGUUUGGCAAUUCAAAAGUGCUUAUAAGAGGAAUGAUAAGCCUCAAUUGCUUAAUACUGUUAAAUUUAUAGCACACUUGGUGAAUCAAAAAGUUGCUCAUGCGACUAUUGCUAUAGAGAUACUCACUGUUUUGCUUGAAAAGCCUAGUGAAUAUAGUGUUACAACCGCCGUUCGUUUUCUUGUAGAAUGUGGUUCAAUGUUGCAGGAUGUUUUACCUAAUAAGCUUUAUGGUGUAUUUGAUCUUUUCUGCGGAAUUCUUUAUGAAGGUAGAUUCGGUAAACGCGUUGAAUUCAUGAUUAAAAAGUUAUUGGCUAUAAGAAAAGAUGAUUUUCAAGGUUAUCCUGCUGUUCGGCCUGAAUUAGACCUUGUGGAAGAGGAAGAUAAGUUAACUCAUGAAGUCUCGUUGGACGAGGACAUUGAUCCAGAGUUUUCGCUUGAUGUAUUUAAUCUUGAUCCGUAUUUUGCAAUGAAUGAAAAGUUUUAUGAGGGGAUGAAGAAAGACCUACUAGGUGACGAUGAAGAAAGCGAUGGAGAUCAAGAAAGUGGCUCGGACGUUGAAUCAAAUGAAGAAAGUGAGGGAGAUCAAGCAACAUCAGGAAAAGUUUCAAAUUCUGAUGCUAGGAGCUCUCAUUCAUCAGAUUCACCAGGUUCAGCUAAUUCUGAUGAAAAUGGUGGAAAACGUAAAAGAAAUUAA